AUGGAGAAGAAUCAAGAACUUGAAUGGGUUGAAGCACAGAAGAUUGGCAUAAGCCAAGACCUUGUGGCUGCAGCCAAGCAGCAGCUAAAAUUUCUAGCAGCUGUCGAUAAGAAUCGCCACCUCUAUGAUGGCCCUGCCUUAGAGAGAGCCAUAUAUAGGUACAAAUAUUGUUGGCUUCCUUUACUAGCCAAACAUGCCGAGUCCCAGUUUCCAGAGUUCCCUUUGGUAGUGCCUCUUGAUUGUGAAUGGAUCUGGCAUUGUCACAGGCUCAAUCCGGUACGGUACAUGGUCGAUUGCAAGGAGCUGUUUGGGAGGAUCCUUGAUAAUCAAAAUGUUGUGUCCUCAGUACAGGGCAUUUCCAAACAACAAAGUGAAGAAAUCUGGAAGAUGAUGUAUCCAAACGAGUCGUAUGAGCUGAAUUGGACUGUCCACUUACAAAAUGCGGCUGAAAAUAUGUUGCCAGCAUCAGGAAGCACCAAUUAUGAUCUUGUUUCAGCUGUUAAAAGGCAAAGUCCUUUCUACUUUCAGGUAUCUACACCGAGUAUGAAUGAUGAUCUCUUCCUUGAAGGGGCUGUUGAAAGAUACAAGGGGUUCCUGUAUCUGAUCAAGAAAAAUACAGAGAGAAAUAUGAAGCGCUUCUGUGUUCCAACUUAUGACAUUGACCUUAUCUGGCACUCUCACCAAUUGCAUCCGAUAUCUUAUUGCAAGGAUCUGAUGGCAAUACUAGGCAAGGUACUAGAGCACGAUGACACAGAUUCUGAUAGAACUGAAGGGAAUAAGCUGGAUGUUGGAUUUACUGCAACCACAAAGCAGUGGGAAGAUACAUUUGGUUUGAGGUAUUGGAAGGCUGGGACAAUGUUUAGAGGCAGUGGCCCAUCUCCUCUCCUGAGCAAUUUCAGCCCGUUUAAGACUGUGAGCAAGGAAAUAGUUCCCUCAAUUGAGUAUGACAAAAUAAUUUAUCUGCCACGGAAAAUGCUCGNAAAAGCCCUUUUAAGACUGUGA